UGGCAGGAUCUAAAAAAUCUGCAUGAUAGUAUGGUAAAUAGCUAUUACACUGCAGUCAUGGUGAAGGAUUUUAUCUACGUUUUCAUGGAAAAUUGUUCAGUAUAUCGAGUUAAUAUUUUUGACACCGAUUCAACUUGGGAAUAAAAUGGCUGAUCAUCAAUGUCACCAUGGCCAAUAUUUACGAACAGCAGUUUGUAAUGGAUUCAUUUAUUUGUGUGACAAUGAAACAUUGGCGGGAUACAAUAUCAGAAAAAAUAUCUGGCGUGUGAUCAAAAGUGAAAAAGUUAUGUUGAAGUUUUGUGCAUUAGUUGGACUGCAAGAAUCAAUUUAUGUGUUAGGGGGUUAUUUUGAAGGUCGGAGUUUAUCAUCAGUGAAUCGAUAUUCCCAAGUGUCCCUUUGGUCCGCAAUCAAAGCGAUGAAUGUUGCUAGACAGGUUCCUGCUGCUACUGCUUAUGGGAAUCGAAUAUUUGUGGCAGGCGGAUUUGACAAUGGAUCCUUAGCCAGUUCAGAGUUUUAUGAUCCACUGAUAGAUUCUUGGACAAAUUUAGCUUCUAUGACUGUUCCUCGGUAUAGUUUUUGCCUUUCUACUGCUUGCAGUGAAUUAUUUGCAAUAGGGGGUAAAGAAGACAGAACAAGAUCAAUUGAGAAAUACAAUUUUGAAUCAAGUCGUUGGGAGCAUCUUUUGAAUUUUCCAAGAAAUAUGAAUAUUGCUCGAGUUGCCAGUCUGGCAUUCAAACUUCCACAAUAGUAAAUGCUAUAUUUAUUGCAUCUGCAUUAAGAGUGUAUGAAACAGACCACUAUGAGUUCCACUUGAUUGUUAAGCAUUUCAAUUAUUUGAAUUAUCUAUUUUGAUAAUAUAUGUAGCAAACAUAGAAUGAUUAUUAUAGGACAAUUUCAGUAUACAGUGGUAUACUGAAGCAUACAUUCAGUAUACAAGUGGGCCAGAUGAAAUACUUACCGUAAGUGGGCCAUAAUUUGCCCACUCCUGUUCUAUACUCUGUAUCGUUUAAAUUUGGUUUGUUCCUCAAAUUUAUUUUUCUUUAAAACAUAACUUGAUGGUGUGAAACUGGCACCUGUUUUUUUAUGCCUGUUUUGCUUUUUUUCCUGAAUGACAAGGCUGUUGAGGAAAUGAGAUUUAUUAAAUUUCUUUUCAAUACGAUUUCAAUUUAAGGAAGAAGCUCCCACCCUUGAUGAGCCUAAUUUGUGGCUGAAUUCAAAAGAUAUAUGCACUGAUUUACUGUUUAUUAUUAUAAAUAUUUAUAUAUAUUGUAUUUUGUUUUUUAUUUACCGGUAUCACAUUUAUAACUAUAUAUUUUUUAGCCAAGUUUCUGAAAAUCUUCUUUUAUGGGUAAAUUUUUGGUUCCAUUGUAAGUGAAUUAUAUCUUAUAAUUGUUACCUUUUGUAUUUGUAUUUUUCUUCAGCUUGCUGGUGGGUGCAAAAGCCUAAUUUGGGAUUGAGAUGAGACUUUACACUCAUCAUAGUUAGAGAAAAUAAUUAAUUUGACAAUGUAUGCUAAUAAAAAGGCAUGGUUACUGGGUUCAUCAUACAGUGGUUAUUUGAUUUUUGUAUUGUUCUGUAUAACAUUGUAAUCACAUAUGAUCGAACUAUGUGAGGAUCAUAGUUUAGGAUCUUGGAUUGAAACGCCAUGCCCACUGCCUCACCUAGUACUAAUUGUAUAUCACAACUUAGAUGAUGUAACUUUUUGUUGUUGACCCAUAUAUACAUUUCUUACCUCUAUUUUUUAUUUACAUUAAUAAAUCGUGGCGGUGUGGCUCAUCCGGCUAAGCGUCGAAUCCCAUGCAGGGAUAGUUAUGUGUGAGAGGAUUGCUGGGCUCCUCGCCGCCAUAUGGUGGUUUAGUAACCGCCGGUCAGUUACGGCAUCCUCCAUCAAGUCUAUGCUUCCGAAAACAGAUAACUAACUAAUUCCAUGCCCGACAUAAGGUUAAGUUGUGUUGUCGACUUUCCUCUCCCCCGGGAUAAAUAUGUAAAUCCUAAUCUCAUACUUGGUUAAAUCGAGAAUAAGACAUGUCUUGCAGCAUUGAGCAAGCACUGCCAAUGGCAAAAAAAUUCAGAGUCAUCUACAGAAUUUGUAAUUAUGCAUUCCCAAUCGAGAUUUUUAUAAUAAUUGUGUUGAGAAGCUGGAGUGAAAAUUUAUCAGCAAUUUCCUCAAAUAUUUUGUAUGAAAUGCUAUACAUGGAACACUUUACUGGCUGCAUUUAAUAUUGUGUUGUAUUAUAUUUAG